CUGUGCCAUUGGGUGUCGUGACGUAGGUCGUCGUAACAUGCACGCAAAGUCUGAGGGUGAGACGUACGGCAUAGUAGUUUGAGAUUAGAACGCAAAACGGACGACGUUAUCGGAGACAAGGGUUGUGCAUGUUUCUUGUAGAAGAGGCACACGUCGAUAUGGGCCCGUGCAGGCUCUUAUUGAGGGACCGAGCAGGCUGAGGGACCGCGUGGUUUGCUGUUCAGACUCGCUUCUGAUUCACCCGCCAUUCGACACUCACUGGUCGACGUGCACGCGCCGCGCGUCCCCUCUCCGGCCUUGUUGAGAUAUAGCCCACGUCGGCGAAAUAACUCGACGUCCGUGAUUAAAAGGAUGCUGAAAGAUCAGACGUGACCUGAGGUAAAAGAGACAGCAGCUCUUCAGAUGACUUCUUCAGUCACAUGGCCAUUCCACAUAAUCAGGCCAGGAUGGUGUUUCAUCAGGAGGGCAUGACGACGUCUACGGUACCUCAAACAUCUGCUUGUUCACUUUUUGUUGUCGUCAACCAGCUACAUCCUAGUGGUGGGAGGCAGGACAAACAAGCUCUAUUUGCUAGUACGGAGGUUAGCCCUUUGGCAAAACCCACUAUUGGCUCAUGUGUAGCAAGCUUUAAUAAAGUACCAUCCAUGUCUUUGGCAGCUAGUAACACAAGUAACCAGCUAUGUAACUUGCCAGCAGAGUCUACAUGCAAAGGCAUCACAGUCACUUUGGACAACAAUAAUAUGUGGAAUGAGUUUUUCAGAUGCCAGACUGAGAUGAUUCUAACUAAGCAAGGUCGUAGAAUGUUCCCUUGUUGUCGUUUCCGCAUCUCUGGAUUGGAACCUUUCCAGAGGUAUACCUUAGUAAUGGACAUGCAACCAGUGGAUAAUUACCGCUACAAAUGGAGUGACAGACGAUGGGAGACCAAUGGGAAAGCUGAUCCACAUAUUUCACGCUCCUUUAUACACCCUGACUCGCCUGCUACUGGUUUAGACUGGAUGCAAAUUCCUGUUUCCUUUUACAAACUAAAGCUUACCAAUAACCCCUUGGACCGAGAGGGCUAUAUUAUCAUAAACUCUAUGCACCGUUACAUUCCACGUCUUCACAUUAUUCCUGCAGAUAAAGCUGUGGACGUCGUUCAGCUAGAUGGCCCUGAUGUUGUAACAUUUAGUUUUUCUCAGACAGAGUUCUUUGCCGUCACAGCUUACCAGAAUUUGUCCAUCACCCAGCUCAAAAUUGAUUACAACCCUUUUGCAAAAGGUUUUAGAGAUGAUGCUAACAACACCCGGUGUUGCAAGCCCAAGAGUGCUCCUUCCACUGAAAAACUGGAGAGUGAGGUCAAAUCCAGCAAAGAGGUUACAGCCUUGAAUAAUCUCAAGUCCUUGUUUGCAAAGAUGAAUGCUUCGGAAAAAGCCACUACCAAUGGGAACCUUAAAACUGUUAGUUGUGAUGGUCCUAGGAGAGUUGAACCUGAGAGUUCUAGCAGUGGUACAAAGCGUCCAUGGCCAGGGGGGCUGUCUGAACUAAUUAAGGGCGCUCACGUUAAGGUAAAAAGGAUAUCCCUUGAGAAAAUUCAUAAUGGAAGUAGCCAGCAAAUGAAUGUUGAUAGUCUGGCUUCAAAAGAGAACAAUAUGGAUGUUGCAUCUAAGGACUGUACAUCUGAAAACAUUUCAAUCCCUGAUCUCACCAAGGAUGAAAAGAAAACUGUAUCAUUUUCACAAAAUGAUUCAUCCACUUUAAAAAAUACAACAGAAUUGUUUUCUGCAACUAACACACAGUGCAAGUUGAACAUAACUACUUCCAACACACCCUUAAAUCAAAAGGUGGACACGAUUUUGAGUGAAACGGCGACAUUGACCAAUGAAAAGCUCAGCAGUGAGGAAACUUCACCAAGCAUUGUCAAACCUCUUAACUGUGGAGGGGAAGCGAAGAAGAAACGAGCUGAGCCUGUUCCACUACCGCUUCUUGCUCUAUUUCUGCAGCAGUUGAAGUCGAAAACACGACCUGUCAGACCAAAACCAAAAUCUGAAGCUCUGCCAUCACAGUCUGAUAAAUCCUGUCAUGAUACUUCAGUUGCUGAAAACCUAUCAUCCUCCACGGCAUCCUUUACCCCUUCUCUUAACACCCAGUUGAACAUACAGCCACCAGCUUCCCCAACAUCUCAAACCAUCACAUCAUCCAUUUUAACGUGUUCUGCAGCCACCACUGAACAUGAAACUGUCUCAACACCAAAUUCUGCAGCUGAUUCUGUUCCUGCCCCUACAACCAGUGUUGUCUGCGAUUCAGUGCAGUUGCCCACACCUCAGAAAGUAUCUGCCACUACCUCUGCAUUUGCACAUGAUUUCAAACCCAACACUAGUCUUUCAGACACCACAUCUGAUGCGAAAAUGGUCUCCAUUACCUUAGAUGAUGCUUCCUCUGACUGUGUACCUAGCUGUGAUCCUAAAGCAUUUCCAGCUACCACACUUGAUGCUCCCGAUAAUGAACUUUUGCAUAGUAAUGCCACUACUGACGAACCCACCACAGAGCCAGCUCAUGAUUCCUGUCAAGUCCCAUGUCCUGAACCUGUUCCAGAGGCUGUUCCAAGGUCCCCAUCUCCAGGAGUUAAAAUCAUGCCUUCACCACCUUGUACAGUGUCCUCUCCAUACGUGUCUGCUCCUUCCUCUCCUGACCCAUUUCCACCAAGCAUGUUCUCAGCUAGACCCAUACCUCCUAGAAAAGCACUUGACCCAUUUCCACCUUGCUUAUCACUUGAUAGACCAAGACCAUUAUUAGAGCUAUCUGACCCAUUACUACAGACAUUUAUCACAUGUCCAACACCAGCUGCAGACCCAGAUCCACCUGUUACUAGUGAGGUAAGCUGUCCUGUAGUUUCCCUUGACCCUGAGACUCCAAAGGAAUUAAAACAGCCCCUGAAGACUAGUAAAGUCAAAAAAUGCAAGGUGAAACAAAAGAAAGGUGGGAAAUCAAAGCUGAGUGAAGAUACAGAGGUGAUGGAAGGCCCUAUUCCUGUCCCAAUGCAGCCCAACCUUGAAGAUGUGGAGGGUCAGUUGUUCGUUUCCUUCAUGUCAAAGAAAGCGCUUGAAAUUCAUCUCGGAGACGAAGCUAAAGAAGAGAUUUUGCAGAAAACGACAGAAAACAUUGAGGGUGAUGUCCAUGAUGAAAAGGAAAGCAUUGAUGCACUUGAAAAGGUCCUUCUGCGCGACUUAAAAAAUAUGAAGUACAGGCAGGUCAUUCACCCAGUUCUGCAAGCAGUUGGUCUGAAGUUGAACCUUUUGGAUGUUACACUAUCUAUUGAUCUACAGUAUCUGGGUGUAUGCUUACCCAUUCCUCCACCUGUACUCUUACCUGAGGGAAACUCAAGGACUUGCUCAUCACAGGUUCACUUUGUUUCUAGAACAGGGAAAACAACUGACAUCACUAAAAUCAAAGGCUGGAGAGAAAAGUUUUCCACAACAAGUUCUUCUUCUGUUCCUGGAGUCACCACAUCCUUGGAUACAGGACAAAAGAACCUGUCUGCUUUCUGUAGUGACAUGCUUGAUGAGUACCUGGAAAGUGAAGGCAAGCUUAUUGAUGAGCGAGCUGCCAGUUUCUCACAGGCUGUUGUCACUCCUGUGGCCUACCAGCUGCCCACUAAGAGCACAAGCUAUGUUCGUACGCUUGACAGUGUUUUAAAAAAGCAGGCACUGCCAUUAGCACCUGAUCCCUCAAAGCCUUCUGCAAGAUCCAGAAAAACUGCAUUAACCUCAAAAAGUAAGGAACCUGUGUCAGGGGUGAAAACGAAGAAAUCCAGUGCCAAAAACACAGUUUGUAGCAAAGACAAGACAAGCUCUUCAAAGAAAUCCACAAAGUCUGACACGUCAAAAUCUGUAUCUAGUGUGCCGUCUGCUCCCGUUGGCUUGUCCCAGAGCAAAAAAUCUCCUAAAAUAAAGUCCAAGAAGGGAUCCAAGACUUCACAGAAUUCCUUACAGACAGAUGAAAAGCCUGUUAAGGGUAGUGUGUCAGCGGCUCCUGCGAGACAGAAUACUUCUAGUUCUCCUGGUUCAAACCUGCCAGUGGGACGCAAUUCAGGCUUACCCAAAACCCUAGUUAAACUAAGGGAUAUAGAGGAUGGUGCAGUCUGGGAGGGGAAACAUCGUACCUAUAUCACCACGGAACGGGCAGCCAUUGCUUUAUCCUGUCUUGUCACAGCAGAGGGUUCAAUAGGAGGAAGUCCUUCUACCGUCAUAAAACGACGUGCACCACCUUGCCUCAAUGACUUUUGCCGGUUAGGGUGUGUAUGUGCUAGUCUUGUUCAGGAGAAGCGGCAGGAUCACUGUGGCAAACCUCAGUGCAUGCUGGGUUGCAACUGCCUUCGACGCAAAGUAGUCCUUUUGAAAAACGAGGACACAGACAAGGGGUCUGCGCCUGAAAAUUUUGCAGAAGAAAACGGAACCAAAGUAAAAAAGAAGAAAAAUCGUAUCUCUUAUAUUCUUUCAGGUCCUGAUGCAGCACCUGAGCCAGCCCAUCACGUAAAAACAUUAUGGGUUCAGCGGAAUGACUUCGAUUCAGAGCAACUUUAUAUUCCUUGUCCUGCCAAGCAUCUUAACCCUCAACUAAUAUCACUGGAUCUGCAAAAAGACCUGGAGAACUUUCUUCAUCCUUCACCAAAACGAGCAGCUGCUGAAGGGGAAGAUUUGAGCAGAGUCGAAAGUCUGGAUUGUGCUCGCGUGAGGCCGUUCUGUGAUCAAAAACUGUCUUCUCCUAGACAAAGACGCGUGAAGGAAAGUCGUUCAGAUCUUCAUUCACAGGACUCACUGCAAGAGAUGGAGGAAGGGGAACUUCGGCCACCUACUCAGUCCGGCCCUACCAAACGGGUGGAAAUCGUGUCUAAGUGCAAGUGGGCAACAGAAGGCAGCAGGAACGUUGUCCUGCGUACAGUAUGUGAACGUAUGGCACAGGAUCGUCUGAAGCAACCUUUCUGGAUCGGCAAAUACCAAGUCCGGCCCACAUCCAAGACUAUAAAGAAGACCGAUGAAGGAUCCCUUGUUACAUAUAAAGUGGUCAUCUUGCAGCCACACCUAGAGGAUAGUGAAGAGAAGAAGAAAGAUGCGAGAAUAAAGCAGCUGGAAGCUCAACUGAUUGAGACCAUAGGAAAAAGUGAGGUGAAGGGCCUCCCCCUUCUCUCUCAGGUCACCCCAGCAGGUUUGCUAAAGGCUGAGAAAAAACCUUCUGGUGCCCUGGGGCAGAUAAUGGUCAAUGGAAAGCUAUAUCCACAAGCCAAACUUGAACUAGGCCAGAUGGGGGCUUUGCACCCUGCCAACAGAUUGGCUGCUUACAUCACAGGAAGAGUGUCUGUGGCUAACAAACAUGACACUAAGGAUGUUAGCACAGCCAACAAGAUUUCUCCUGUAGCUCCUACCAUCCCCACCAGUGUGGCCACAACAACUGUUACCAGCACACUUUCUUCCAUUUUCACAUUGGAUAAGCCCACAGCAGUGGCUAAGCACCCUGUGGGAACAGAGUUUAUCCAUGUUGACACUGGUUGUGUAAAUUCCCAGCAACAAAAGACAGCCAAAAUUGGUACACUGCCAAUGCAGAGUACAAUUAAAAAUCUCCUCUUUCCUCCUUCCUCCGUGGUGACGGGAUCCUCUGGGAUUUCAGUGUCUCCUGACAUGCCUCCAAAAGCAAGCAUAGUUUAUGCACCUCCUGCAUCUGGCACUACAGCUGGCUCCAUUCAAGUGGUUAAGGCAGUAUCUAAAUCUGGAUCAGCUACACCAGAGGACACUUAUAUGCUCAGUACUCCUGGAUCAAAUGUAGCGCUCCCUGGUAAAGGAAUCAGGUUGAUGCAGCCUUUAACUCCCAUUCGCCCAGCUGUUACAGGCCAGAGGAUGGUGAUGUUGAAGGCAGCUAAUCCUGCUGGCCAACUCUUCCAUCUUGUACCUCUCAAUCAUUUCAGGACCCUCAAUCCCAACGUUCUUAUACAUCAACAGUCCCCUGUUAUCCAUUUACCCACCCCCAACUCAGUCCCUCUGAGUCAACUUCAAACCAUGACAACUGUCACUUCAUCUACAGCUCCUUCUUCUGCUACACAAGAUCAGAAUAUGGUCCCAGUACUCAAUACAACUACAGACAUCAUGACAAGCAGCACCUCCCCUAUUGCUACAAAACCAAUCAUCCCUCUCUCUGGCUCACAGACCUUACUGCUUUGUAAUAAACCUAAUACAGUAAAAAUUAUAUCAGGAUUUCUUAAAGAUACUGCCACAAGCACUUUAAGAAGUUUAUCUCGGAGAGUUUUAGAAGAGUCCGAAAUAGUUAAAGAGCCCAGAAUGACUACUUCAGUGUCAUUAGCUCAAAGCUCUUUAGAGGGUUAUCCUGCAAAUCAAGGCUUACAGCUCACUUCCCAAAGCUGCUUGACCUCUAAGAACCAAACCCAUCACAAUUUGGACAACCCUGUCCACACCAACCCUCCACCAGCCAAGGAGUCGUGUGAAGAAGACUCGCAGUGCUCCAAAAUGUCAUAUGAAAAUGUGAUUUUUGCAGACCACUCCUACACCAUUGAAAUGAAGAAAAUGAGCACACCACCUCCAAAGCCUGUUGAUGUUUGUAAAGAUGGCUCUACAGAUCACAUACUCCUUAAGGAAGUGCUGGAUUUGGGUCUUGUUGAAGAAGCUGAGGGUUGUGGUACCAGUGGUGGUGUCCUCGGCACUGAGAGUGGUGAUGAAUCUAAGGCAGGAUCACAUCUAAUGGAAGAGGAGGUUGAUUCAGACUGCACAGAAUUAACAGAGGAUUCAGACAUGUAUGACCAUGCUGACUCCAGCCAGUCCAGUGACAAAGAAGAUCUUGAUCUGGUCACUGAUUCUGAAGGAGAAGAAAUGAAUAAAGAGCAACAAUACUUUGUUGCAGAUGUGCAGGAUUUGACUGAGAAAGAUGACGAUGAGCUGGUUGAUAUUGAAACAUUUGAGGAGGGAGCUGAGGAAAGCCCUGCACCACCUGAGAGCUUUCAAAAUCAGUCAUCAGACGAGGAUGAUGAUGAUGAUGAUGAUGAUGAUGAUGAUUUGUGUAAACUUCGGAAGAGGAACGAUGAGAAGAAGAGACGCCUUAAUCUGAGGAACUGUUUUUAUAGUUUGCAGCAGGUUCUCAAUAUUGUAGAUCCUAAAGUUGCCAAAAUAGCGUUACUCUCAGAGGCCCUGAAAGAAAUUCAGCUGCUUACUAAACGCAGAGAUCGUCUGGUGAAAAUGCGGGACAAGCUGAGAAAAAAAAGAGCUCACUACAUUGAGAUGGCAUCACAGUUAUCUGGAAAAAACACCACAUCCAUCUCUCAGAAGUUGGAUGAAAUCUUUGCUAAGCAGAAAUCUCUAGAGAUCAAAAACAAAGGAAACAGUACCAGUCUUAACCGUAAAAAAAGAGUUCCUAAGAAUUUGCAGCGGAACAUCAAGACAAAACAGAAAAAAAUGGGUACCAGUGGCAAAGAACGCAUUAACAAACAGAAACGUCUGGGAUUCCAGGACCGAAGGACAGGAAAUGUUGAUACUAAUCAGAAAACGACUGCUGUCAAAGCCAGCCAGCCAGCCAAACCACCUAACUCUCAACCUCCACCCAUUCCAGUAACACAUGAGAGAACAAGGCCCAUUAUCCUGUCCCACAACAAAUGUCAAACCCUGGCUGAACGUCAAGUGAUUCCAGUGGCAGAAGCAGUAGUGCCGUGCAAUCAAAUCAUAACUAUAAGUAACCCUCUUCAGCCCAUUGGCAUCUCUUUGGGGGAAAGGCAAUCAACCACACCAGGUGUUGCAGCUGUGUCCAUAUCUAUUCCGCCUGUUUCCGAUCCACUUCCCGUUUUGCAACCACAAGUCCUUACGCGGGCCACCAAUUCUGUUAACAAACCAGUUGAUAUCAUCAGCCUCCCCAAGAUUUCCAGUGUUGUUUCUUUGGUGCAGUCAGAAAAGCUGCUCGUUACGCCCCCAGCUGCACCAGUCAUGGAGACGGAGGCAACGUGCAACUCUUCGGCUGGGGAGGCUCAGCAGGAUCCCUCUUCUGAUGAAGCCAUUCUUUUGGAAGAGGAAAAACACCUGGACAGACAGCUUCCAGAGCUUGUGCCCGAAACAUCUGAGCAUGAUGGCAAGGUCAGCAUAGAAGAUCCAAAAAAGCAAAAAGAUGAUGAAAAAAAUGCACCUCAACUCGAGCAAGAUGACGACCGCCUGAUGUCAUUACUUGAUGAGCUUGUUUUCCUCAAUCAGACCUCUGAACCGCAAGAAGCAGCCGCAAGUCUUAUAGAGACAGGAGAUGUACUGACAGAACUGCUCACUAAUAGACAGACAGAUAUAGACCAAGAUGAUGAACGCUCUCUUAGUCCUCUGUUUCUCAAACUAGAUGAGGACCUUAUGACGUCGCCCGCUUCAAAGGACGAGGAGAUGGAUGACAUUCCUCCUAAGGUAGACGACCUUGUUAAGGUUAUCUUCGGGUUAGAGUCUCCUCCCAAUUCUUCAGAAUCGGAGAUUGUUGCAGCAGCCAGUGAUGACUGUACACCUUUUUCAGUAUGCCAUGUUAAACAUGAUGCUCCAACUCCACCCCCUUUGCUGCAGAUGAAAACUGGAGGGUGUACUACAGCAGACUCUCCAAAAGAGCAGGCCAGCUUGUCAUGGCGGCCAAUGCCAAAGCUUGCUCCUCUGGGACUAAAGACUCAGGAGACUGGGCACCCGAAAUUGAUCAGUCCUCAUGCCCCCAAAUCAGACUCAAAGCUGCCUAGUCUUCAUAAUGUACAUGUAUAAUAAGCUAAUCAUCAGGGAUAUCCAUAGUUUAACCUUAUGUCAUAUCUUCUGACAUAGGACUGUUAUUUAUUUGUUUGAGUACAUUUUAUUAUAUCCUGCUUCAACAAGAUCUACCUGUUGUGCCUCUAGUACAUCCAAAGAUGUUUUGUUUGCAGUUUUCUACGAGUGCAAAUAGAGUGGAUUGUUUGGAGAAAUCAUGAAUCUUCCUUUUAUUUUAGAAGAUAAGAGGAAGUCUUUUGGAGUGAGCAAAAAUUACCACAAUACUGUUUAUGUACAAUACUGUAAAUUUUGUAAACACAAAACAAUCCCACACUAAUAGGUUCUCUAUGAAAGAUGCAUAAUCGAUUGUACAGUACCAGAUGCCUAAGCCUUAUAAUAGGUCAUGGCAUGUUACCCAUUGGAUAUGAUUUUUUUUUCUUUUUUUUUUUUAAAUAAGUACAAUGAAUGUUAACUCCUCAGUGCUGUAUCUAGCUGUAUGCUUAAAAGAAGAAAAAAGCAGUCUGCUGACAUGUAGCGUUAA